AACUAUAACACGGGCUAAAUUUUGCAUCUGAAUCACUUGUUCACUACGUGACUAUGACGGGUAGAACUGGAACAUUCAUCUGUUCGAGUCAUUCCAAAAAGGUAGCGUUGAUUUGGCUUAUCUCUGCCUUAUGCUUCUUCAUUUUGUUCCAAAUGGCCCUUCGUAAUUCCUCAAACACCCUACCAUCACCUUCUUCGGAUUCGCUAAAUUUAAAUACGGAGAGAAGAUCCAAAUUAUAUGAUAAGAUGGCAAGGGAUCUCGAUGAGCAUGGAGCUGCUUUUCUGAAACAUGGUGAAACCUCUCAGUCACUUUCGAUUUCAGACAUCUUUACCUUGAAAGAUGGAUCUGUAACACCUGUAUUGAAGCCUGCAAGUCCUCCAAUUCGAGCUAAUGUGUUGUAUUUGAGUACUGAAUUCUCUUUCCCCAUUGCGGAGGCUGUUAAAAAUAUUUUCGCUCCAUACUUUGAUAAAGCAAUCUGGUUUCAGAACUCGAGUAUGUACCAUUUUAGCAUGUUCCAUGCCUCCCACCAUAUUGUACCUGUAAGUGCCACCAAAGUAGAGGUAGAAGCUGAAGCAUCUUCUGUGGAAACUGUUGCUUCAAAGCUAUGCCCUUUGAAAAUUGUUUUGGAUAGAGUGGUUUUAACUUCAACAGGGGUGCUCCUUGGUUGCUGGCAGGUAAUCUCGGGUAGUGAUCCCAUAACCAUUCGUUCUAGGUUGAAGAAUGCGCUCCCACGUGCACCAGAGAAGCAACUUUAUGAUGCUGCAAUUCUUCACACUACAUUCGCAAGGCUUUUGGGUCCACCAAGAACAUCGUUUACGGAACUGCUUAAAACAUCAAAUGAACUCCAAUUUUUCCAUGAGUUAGUGAAUCAACUUAAUAGUCAGUUCCAAGGAUUCGAGGUUUGUGGUUAUUUAUUUGUUUGUUUUAUAGAUGGCAGAAUCAAAAUUGUAGUUGAAGACUUGAGUAGUUUAAAUAUUAUAGGAAAGAGCCUUUUUCAUUUAGGUUUUUUUAGUGAAACACCAAUUUAAUGGACAAAAUAUGUAGGGUUAAAUUUAUGGUAUAAACCAUCAAUUAAUAAAUUUAUAUAUAAUAAAUAGUUGCUAAAGCAUAUAAAAUCUGUCAAUUUAGUCAACGCUGUUUAGAUGUUUGAGACUAACAUGACAGAUUUUCAUAUAUUUUGGGAAUUAAAUUGACAUAUUUCAUACUUUUAAGGAUUACUUAUUAUUUUUAUAUACUUUCUGGACUAAAUUGAAGAGAAAGUGACACUUAAAGAACUGAAUUGAUGGUAUAUUCUAAAUUUAUGUAUCCUAAAGAACUAAUCCCAUGGAGGAAUUUCACCUUUCGAGUUCAUUUCAGAAUUUCUUAAUUUUAAGCAACAAAUUUUCUAGUAUAUCUACAUUUUUCCUUUUAGUAAUAAACUGAAAUAAUUAUUCACUGGUAGCGUUCAAAAAUUUACCGACAUUCAAACAUAUGAUAGUUUUAAAAUAUCAUCACAAAUAUAUGUGGCAAAAGAGGAGUGUUAGCAAUAGAGUGUGUUAGAGUGAGCGUGUGAUCAACAUUUCAAAUAUGAUUGAAUAUCUGUCUGAAAUUUACCCUUUUAAUGAUGUUUUGCUGUCUACAUACUUUUUUAUAAGCAUACCUAACAUUUAUUUUACUUGCUGAGUUUUCUCCAAACAUAUCCAGGCAGUGGUGUCCGAACUGUGGUACGUUGAGGAAUACAAUGUGCUUGCUCUUGCAUUAAAUGGAAGAAUGACCAUUCGCAAAUUCAAACUUGGUUGCUCAAGAGAUUGAUGUUUAGACACAUAUUCAGUUUAUUGAAUCAGAAUGCAAUGAAUUGAUUAAUACACACAUGUACAAGAACUGCAUAUUCUCUAAAGAAGAAACCAUUUUGUUUUUAAAGUCGAUUCAAUGAUAUAUAUUUUACCUAGGUUGAUGUAUCAAUAUGUAUGAUUGUAGAAUAAUCCGUUAUAUGGUUAGUGAACUUCAAUCCCUUAACCACGAAAUUACGUCGUAUGGGUUGUCUUCUUCUUUGGUCUUAAACCUCCGAUGUACUAGAGACUUUGGUAAUCUAGAGUUUGGUUGUGAGCUAAAGAAAGUAUUUGUUUCAGUCUA